GAUAAUCGGAUCAGUAGUAUGCGAGACUGCGGGGUUGACCCGUCUGAGAAGUCUUACCAAUUGGUCUGUUCAGACGAGGGAAUCCACUACAUCUCAUACGCCUUCGUGUUGAAAAAUGACACCAAAAUUGGACGCUGAACCAUUGGAGCAUCUUAGGAAUCAAUCGACAAAAUAUGAUCAAAUGACGAUCCUGUUGGUGCCGCUAUAUCCGAUAUUGAUGCUUUAUGGUGUUGACCGUUUCGAAGGUGAUGCAGUAUAUAUUCUCAGUGGCCCGCGCCGAUGCUGUUGAUUCAUCAGGAUCGAGAUUACUAUUUUAAUCCAUAGC